AUGGUUCUCGGAAGACUGGAUCGACCGGCUGAAGUUUUUAUGUUAGCUGUUCUUGUGCAGGGAACGACCCAAGGGAAAUAUGACAAUGAGGAGGAUGAGGAUGAGGAUGAAGAAGAAGAAAAAGAAGAAGAAGAAGAAGAGGAGGAGGAGGAGGAGGAGGAGGAGGAGGAGGAGGAGGAGGAGGAGGAAGGGGAAAUGGAUGGGGGGAGGGAAGAGCGAAGAACCUGA